GGGGCGGCUCCACGGGGAACCCACGGCCGGUGCGGCGGCGCAGCCCCAGAGUGAUUCCGACAUGGACUGCGGAGUCAUCACUUCCAAGACCGUGCUGCUGCUGCUCAGCCUCGCCUUCUGGGCGGCAGGUGCAGGCCUCAGCUAUGUUGGGGCAUACGUCAUCAACACCUACAAGACCUAUGACAACUUUCUGCAGGACAAAUACGCCCUGCUGCCAGCAGUGAUCAUUAUUUGCGUGGCCGUGGUGAUGUUCAUCAUUGGGCUGAUUGGCUGCUGUGCCACCUUCCGCGAGUCUCGUGUCGGCCUGGGGCUGUUCUUGGUCAUUAUCCUGGUUAUCUUUAUUGCAGAAGUGUCUGCUUUUGUCCUGGGAUUUGUUUACAGGGAAAAGGUAAAAACUGAUGUGCAAGAUACCAUGCGCUCAGUUUUUGAGAAAUAUGAUGGAAAAAACCCAGAGUCUACAGUUGUGGAUUACUGGCAAGAACAACUUAGCUGCUGCGGAGUAAAGAACUACAGUGACUGGACGACCACCCAGUGGUUUAAUUCCACGGGAAACRACACUGUCCCCCAGAGCUGCUGUCAGCCAGAGACGAACUGCACAGGGCGUUUGGAUCAACCACAGAAACUCUACACCCGGGGUUGUGCACAGGAACUGGACAUUAGGCUGCAGAGCGUUUUCAGCUAUGCCAUGCUUGUAAUCCUGGGAUUUGCCAUUGUAAAGUUCUUCGGCAUGCUGAGCGUCUGUGUGCUUACUUGCAAGAAAGAAGAAAGUGGAUAUCAGCCUCUUUAUUCAGGAGUGUUUGCUUAAUAAACUGAAAAGAACAGUCUUGCUUCCUGAGGAUGAAAUUGACGUGUGACCAUACCACAGCUUUCUCAAAGGUUAUGCUAAGUUUGGAUUUGUGACUUCAGAUAGCACCGGGAGKUGUAUCAGGCUCCAAAAAGAAACUUUCUUUUGCCAUUCUUUCCUCUGCCCUGAAAACAUGCAGCACAAAUGUUACUUUUUAAUCAAUUAACUGGGGGAGAUUGCCGGACGGUUUCAGUUGUCUGCACAAACCUCAGACCAUUUCCAUGGUAUGGUUUAAUCAGCAAAAGAAAUUUUUGAAUGCCAGGUUUAAAUACUCUUCAUAGACAUGGGGAUCUGUAGUAUAUUUUUUCUAUAUCUGAUUGUGCAGUUUGGGGUUUUUCUCCCCUCUUUCCUACAAUCAUGUGUUUUAAUUUUGUUUACUGCAGAGGUUGUUAGUGCAAGACAACCAGGUGUUUAAAACAGGCAUUUAUGUGUUUGUUUGGAGCAAGCAUGCUAGCAAGCAUGAAAAAGACCAGGUUUUGAGCUUUUGGGCUCAGAACUCUCUCUCUGGUUUGGUUUUAAUUAUUUCCUUAAUUAUUGACAUUAAAAAAAAAAAUCCUUACGAAGCAGAGUUUUUGAACAUUUUCUCCUGCUUUUUCUAUGGUUUGCUUGGGGGGAGUAAGUGCCAAGUUUCUGCCCCACAGAAGCCCUGACCACAUUUCUCCAYUUAAAAAGAUGCCUUCUUGUACACAGCGGCUUGUAACCUGCUGUAGUGCUGCUUUUGCAUUUUCUGUUCUCCUUAAUUCUGCCAGACACAAUCACUUACUCCUUCCUUCGAUUUCAUCCCUGCUUCAACAUGGUCCUUCUUUAACUUGUUUGUAUGUUAAUCUGUUUGUAAGCUCUUCAGGAUUUGGGGAUAGAGAACAGAGGGAACUGUGAGCUUUUAUGUUCCUCAGAAUUGUAGAAAAGCAACAGAGAUUCUGCUGAUUUUUCCUUGGAGAGAUAAGCAGCCUGUCCUUAACAAAAUACCCUUAUAGUUGUAGCUAAUUAGAAAAAAUGAGUUGGGGGAAGUGUAAGCUGUUUAUCUCCAUUCCYACCCUUCCCCACGGGUGACAAAGUCCUAUAGGAGACACACCAGCACGAGCACGUUCAUGUUGUAAACUGAAUUCUUUUUUGAGGGCUUUGUCUUCUGUUACGAGCUGAAAUAAACUGAGUUUAUACAACCAAAUA